AUGGUUGCUGUGCAGCCGCAAGACGAAUGGAAGCUCGAGCAGGGUCUCGCUGCGGCAGAGCUGCCCAUUCGGGAUCAGACGCUGCCGGAAGGAAAGUUCGUUGAAGAGGUCCCGCGUGAUCCGGAAUUGGAAAAGGAGCUCGCAGAGGCCAAAGAAUUCGUGGAGAAAGACGAGAUCGACCACGAUGUGGUGUUUGCUGAGGAGCGCCCAGGAUGGAGAGGGUACAUCGAGUGGGAGCAGUACCCUGAGAAGAAAGCCAUUGCCCACAAGAUCAUGGUGGGCCAAACGUUUCCGCCCCCGCCAGAAUUCCAGCUCGGAGCCAUCCCAGACACCAACCCGGUGCUCGAGGGUGUGCGUUGGAAACUAUGGCACAAGGCCAUCGGAGGGCCCUUGACUUCUGUGCCGGAGGAAUCCUGGCUGCGUGUCAUCCAAGAGAAGCACCCGGACAUGCUCCAUCUCUUGCAGUUCCCGUACAACGGGGAACCGCCCAAGAGGCUUGUCACUGCCAAGCCCGUCACUCCGACAUCCCUGCACUUUAUCCGAAACCACGGCGGCAUCCCUGACAUAGAUGCCGAUGCAUGGGAACUCACGCUCGACGGCCUGGUCAAACAUCCCCGCAAAUUCACACUCAAGGACCUGCAGAACGAGGAGGUGUUCCCCCGAAUGGAGAAGCUCGUGACCAUCCAGUGCAGCGGCACGCGCCGCGUCGAGCAGAUUCAAAUGUACGCAGGGGAGGGCGACGAGAUGAUCAACGCCCCCUGGGCCGAAGGCGCCAUCGGCACGGCCCGCUACGUCGGCGUCUCGCUGAAAAAGGUCAUCAAGCAGUGCGGCGGCAUGGCCGAAGGCGGCAAGCACCUCGAGUUCCACGGCGCAGACACGUACUUUAAGCAGAACGAGCUGAUGAACUACCUCGUCAGCGUGCCCUGGUCCAAGGUCAAGGCCAACGAGGUGAUGCUGGCAUGGGAGAUGAACGGCGAACCCUUGCCCAAGAUCCACGGCUACCCCGUGAGGCUCGUCGUCAUGGGCUACAUCGGCGCGCGGUCCGUGAAAUGGGUGUACCGCAUCCGCGGGCUCGCGCAGCCGUCCCGCGCCCCCGUCCAGAGCAAAGAAUACCUCUACUUCAACCAACAGGUGGGCAAGCACAACCAACUGCCCGUCAACGGCAUCCAGAUUCAAGAAAUGCCCGUAUCCAGCGCCAUCAUGUCGCCCUGGGCGAAGCAAGUGGUCGUGCACGAGGGCAAGAUCCACUGCCAGGGCUGGGCCUAUUCGGGUGGCGGGCGGUGGCCCGAACGCGUCGAACUCUCGGCGGACGGCGGCUUCUCGUGGUACGAGGUCCCGCACGAGAAUCUGUCGGCCAAGCACAAAUUCGCCUGGCGCACCUGGGAGUGCGAACUGCCCUGCGACGUCGAGGGGUGGAUCGAGAUCGUCGUCCGCUGCUGGGACAACUCGCUCAACACGCAGCCGCUCGACGUGCGCAACUCGUGGAACUGGGGCCUCCACGUCACGUCCAGCUGCCACCGCGUCAAGAUCUACAGCGUCAACAAGACGCGCGAGCGCACCAAGCAGCGCAUCGCCGACUUUGCGAAACGCGGCGAGUCGCUCGUCCCCAUUACCAGGCCUACCGAGUUCGCGACCAUGUCGUUGGAGGAGUAUGAUCAAUAUUGGGCCACGCAUGAGCCCAGAGACGUGGAUGACUAG